CGUAGUAAACUAAAGGCUUGCAGCAGGCUAUUCAUGAGUCCAAACUCCCGGCGUUUCGAACCGUCGUGCACCCCGUAGCUGCUACCAUCUUGAACGCACCUCAGGCAUUUUCCACUCAUGUACAUAUUCAAGUCGGAUGACAGGUAUUUUGUUAGAAUCCGGUCAUAUGAUAUCUCCACACCGCUCAGGUAGCAAAAUUAGUGACCCCUAAUGUAAUUCCACAUUUUGAACCGAGGUGUUUAUUUGGACAGGUGCAUAACAUGUGGCGACAACGCACAAUGCGAGUUGCUUCCCCUUUCUGCACUGUUGUCCGGAAUUGCGUGUUGAACAGAGUGAAGCCAAAGUGGACGAUAGAACGUGUGCGGUGUGUAUCAUCCAAAAUGCCGAGCCCUUCGCCUCCACCCCAGAGUCUGUUGAAGCCCAUGGAUUUCCCACAUAAGCUGUUGAUGGGACCAGGACCUUCAAACUGUCCACCACGCGUGCUGAAUGCCUCGACAUUACCGCUGUUAGGGCACCUGCACCCCGAAUUUACUCAGAUAAUGGAUGAAGUAAAAGCAGGCAUUCAGUAUGCAUUCCAGACCAAAAAUACUUGGACAGUUUGUGUAUCUGGAACAGGUCAUGCUGCCAUGGAGGCUGCCUGCACAAAUCUGCUGGAGCCAGGGGAGACAGUCCUGGUGUGUGAGAAUGGUCUCUGGGGUCAGAGAUUUGCAGACAUGUGUAUAAGAAAUGGAGCCGUUGUUCAGAAAAUUGUGAAGCCUAUGGGACAAGUGUUCACACUUCAGGAUGUUGAAGCAGGUCUACAGCAGUACAAGCCAGUGUUGGUGUUUGUGACACACGGAGAGUCCUCAGGGUCAACUCUACAGCCCCUGGAGGGGCUGGGGCAGCUCUGCCAUAAAUACAACAGCCUCUUGUUGGUGGACUCCGUGGCGGCGUGUGGUGGUGUCCCUCUGUUUGUGGAUGAUUGGGAAAUUGAUGCCAUCUACACAGGUGCUCAGAAGGUAUUGAGUGCACCCCCAGGGGCAAGUCCUAUGUCAUUCUCUGACAGAGCCAAGAGUAAAGUAUUAAACAGGAAAACCCCGGUGAGAUCUUACUACUUUGAUAUGACAGAACUGGCCAACUACUGGGGUUGUGAUGAACAACCAAGGAGGUACCACCAUACCGCUCCCAUUUCUAGUGUCUACGCCAUCAGGGAGGGACUGGCCAGGCUAGCUGAGGAGGGUUUGGAAAAAAGCUGGGAAACUCACAGGAAAUGUGCUGAGAUGCUGUGGGAAGGAGUGGAGAAACUGGGCCUUGAGUUACUGGUCCAAGACAAGGCCAACAGACUUCCCUGUGUCAAUGGCAUUAAGGUCCCAGAGGGAGUGAAAUGGAAGGAUGUAUCAGACUUUGCCAUGAAAAAUUACAAAGUUGAAAUAUCUGGAGGUCUCGGAGCUCAAGCUGGGAAGAUUUGGAGAAUUGGAAUCAUGGGGUACAAUGCUACACCUGACAAUGUUCAGAAAGUGCUCAAGGCUCUAGGCGAGGGAUUGAAAAGUGUCAGAGGUAAUUCCCAGUCCAGAUUAUAGACUUAUGGGUAAUUCCCAGUCCAGAAUAUAGACUCAUGGGUAAUUCCCAGUCCAGAUUAUAGACUCGUGGGUAGUUGGAUGCAGUAGGUGACAUGAUUUAGGUGUGAUGAUCAAUAAUGUUGCUUAGAAUUAUAAUGUGAACAGAAAUUUGUGAUAAAGAAAUAUCAUUAUAUAUUUUUAUAUGCAGUGUUUGUCAGAAGACAACUUGAAUGUUUUUCAAAUUUUUUGAAGUAGGGGAAUGUAGACAGUAUUAAAUAUACAUAUUGUAUUUAGAAUUGUUUAAUGUUGAAAAUGGAAAUAUUUAUUUCUUUAUGUCAGAUUUUUGAAAUAGGGAAAUGUAGACAGUAUAAAUAUACCUGUGCUUAGAAUUGUUUAUGUUGAAAAUGAAUUUUUUUUUUUUAUUUUUUUUUUUUUAUUUUUUUUUUUUUUACAUUUAAUACACUUUCCUAGAGAUAUAUGUAUAUUCAUUUAUAUGAUUCAUAUUUGUAUCUGUUCCAAGGAUGCCAAAAUUUGCUGUCUGUAGAAAUAGGCUCAGAUGUGUUGUAUAUUGGUUUAUGUCUCGUCACACAAUUUGUAGGUAUUUCCCAGCCCACCUUAACAAUAGGCUCAGAUGAACAUUUCUGUUCAAAAUUAAUCUUUUUGUACAGUAUGUAUCAAUGGUAUUAACUUCUCCCAAUAAAAAAGCUGCAUGUAUUGUAUUCCUUGGAACAAAAUACUGUUUUCAUGGCCCCUAUUCAAUGUCGGGUCAGAUUUACUCUCCUUCAUGGUGACUGUGAGCAUUUUGUUAUCAUUUUUUGAAGGAAGAGUGACUGCAUUGUCAAAUUUGAUGGGGAAUAAUCUCUUGUCCAAGAGAACAUUUAAAUUGAAUUUUCUACUGAUAAACCAUGCUGAUAUUUAUGGUUUAUCAUGGAACAACUGAACAUGGCAUUCUUUGAGGAUUAAGAUAAUGGUAGAUUUACAUUUUAAAACCAUUACGAGGGAAAGAUUCAGGUGGGCAUCGGGGCUCAUGACUUGCUGUACACCUUACUUACCCCCCCCCCCCCUCCCCCACCUCCUCUCUACCCCCUCUCCUACUCAUGCAAACAAAGUUGAGGGAAUUUAUUGGCAUCACCCUUAUCCAUCUGUCUGUUCAUUUUGUUAAGAAAUUUUGAAAACCUCUCGCUUCUUGCUACUAUUAAUCUGUUCAGACUUGUAGAUGAUUACGAGGUGAUAAUGUUAAAUGUCAGGUCAACAGAGUACUACUAAAGGGAAAAGUUUUUUGGCCGUAACUGAUUUACUUAUCAACACUCAACCUGGGAGAAAGAUGACACCUAUUGCUUUGGGUCAUAAGGCCAAAGGGAAAAUCAACAGGGGUACCAACAAAAUUAGUUUUAAAAUAUUAGGUAUAUCAAUUUCCUAUUGAAGUUCAGAGUAAAAAUGUUUAAAAUUAGAUAUACCUCUAGUUUUGUCUUAACAUGUGAGAAGAUCUGAAUUGUAUUUUGUCAAAAAUUUUCGUUGUACAACAUUUGGUCAUACCUGUAAUUGUAUACUAACAAUUACUUAAGUCCUUAGUUUAGUAACUGAUUGGGAGGUCGAAGGUCACCUCUAUUGCGUAGAAUUAUCCAGUGGUAAAGCAUUUACGAUCUCCUUGAUUGAUGUUUACUAAUCUGCUAUAUGUAUAUACAGUAUUUAUUCAUUGUAAGGCAUACUGUUUUCAUAUUUGUCAAUAUCUGAAAUAAGAUUUCCUUAUACAAUAUUUAUAUUUAAAUAUUUCCACUAUGCAGUGCUUGAUGUCACCCCCUUUAGAUAAAAUUACUGCCUAUUGAAGAGUUCCAACAGAUGUUGUUACUUUCAAUUAUAGUAUGUGUCCUUAUAAAUUUAAAUAAAAUCGAACUAUGGUUUUUGACAGGAAGGAAAGUGUCCAAAAUUUUGAUUUUUUUUUUUACCAUGGAUUUUUUUUUGAGAAUGUUAUAACAGCCUAUAUAUUUAUUUAUUAUUUGUUACUUGGAUUUUCUCUUCUUAAUAUAAGAUGUUUUAAGAAAUUUAAAGCAUUUCCCUUUUCAUUUCAGGUUGACUUCCAGUUCUUUAGAUAAGAACUUUUGACCCAAAUUUUCAGUGGAAAUUACUAUGAACUUUUUUACAAUUACAUUAUAUACAUGAUGUUAUAAUUCUUCUCAUUUUAAUACUGAAUGAACAUACUUGUUAUAGAUCUUACCAAUGUAUAUUUGUAUUGAUUUGAAAAUUUCCAAUCAAUAUGUAGUUCAAAUAAAAUUGUUAUAGACUA